CACAUUGCGGCUGUCAGUAGCUUUGCCACUGCAUAAUUGUCAACUACCGACACAAGUGGCAACAUAGCACAGAAGCUGGAACUGUAAAUGUGUAUUCAUGGGGGGGAAGAAUAAACAACGAACAAAAGGAAAUGUUCGGCCGUCCAGUAGCGGUCGAGCUGCGGAGGUUCUUACCCGGGAAGGUGGUGUCAUCCCUGGCUUUGUCGGCUUCGACACGGCGCUUACCUCCGAGCUGAGUUAUGUCCCUGCUGUUCACGGGGCAGAGGAGAUAGACAACCUGGUAGAUGCUGACUUCCGACUGGUGCUAAGGAAACUUUCUAAGAGGGAUGUUGUCACCCGACUGAAAGCUGUUCAGGAUUUUGGGUCCAUGUGUCAGGAACGGGAUGCUGAAGAGGUUAAAGGGGUUCUGCCAUACUGGCCUAGGAUUUACUGCAAGAUAGCAGUGGACCAUGAUCGCAGGAUCAGGGAGGCCACCCAGCAGGCUUUCGAGCAGCUGGUGCUGAAAGUUCGACGCAGUUUGGCCCCCUUCCUGAAGAGCUUGAUGGGCCACUGGAUUCUGUCCCAGUGUGACCCUUACACACCUGCAGCCUCUGCUGCCUGCCAGGCCUUCCAGGCUGCCUUUUCACCUGCCAAACAACCAGAGGCGCUCAGCUUCUGCAAAGAUGAAAUCCUUAAUGUUCUUCAAGAUAUUUUGUUAAAGGAAACAGCAGACACUCUUAGUGACCCACAAAGUUUGACCGAAGAGGAGAGAGCAGCAAAAUAUGUACGCAUGCUGACCAGUUCUCUGCUGGGAGUUAAAAGACUGCUCUCCCUGCUGCUCCAGAGUGACAGGACAGCCCUGGAGCAAAGACUGGCAAAUCUUGUCAACUCUGGGAAGUUCUGGAAGUACAGCAAACAUAAGACAGCUCAGGUGAGAGGGGCCUUUUUUGAGAUGGUGUGCGCUCUGUGUGAGUUCACUCCAGGAUUGGUCCAGGCUGAAGCAGCACGACUCUGCCCUGCUGUUCUCCUCAGCAUCGAUGACACAGAUCCAGUAGUGGUACCUCCUGUGUGGGAAGCUGUCCUUCACGUUGUUUCCACCAUCCCGGACUGCUGGUCACAUGCCAAUGCCAAGAAGGGAUUCUUACCAAAACUAUGGAGUCAACUAAAAGAGGGAGGCAAAGGCAUGGCUAAAGCCCUGCACCCAAACCUGAUGCCGCUCCUGAGUAAGCUUCCCAAAGAGGUCACUGAUCCAACGUUGGACUUCUACACAACUUUCUUCACUUCAUUCAUGCAAGGUCUGUCCAGUGAGCGUGCCUUAACAAGCCCCUCAGAGAGUGCAGUAAUAGUGACUUCUCUUGUCGAGUGCUUGAGGUAUUGCAUCAUGAACAAUAUAGAAGAAGAGGAUGAGCAGAAAAAAAUACGGACCAUGCUUGUUUCACAGCAGCUACUCCCACUGCUAGAGAAGGCUCUCAGUAACCCGUCCCUACAGAACGGUCCCCUUUUCCUUCUGGUCACGGAGAUGCUCGUAUCCUGGGAGAAGAGGGCUGGUUUACAAGGGGAAGGUGAAACAAAUGAAGGCAAGGAAGUCUUUAAAGAGCUCCUGGUAGACUUCUGGGAGGAGCUCGGUUUGAUGUUUGUGCGCUAUGUGGACAAUGAGGACGCAGAUCCACAGGCUUUAGAAGGGGUUGCUACCUUACUGCAGGUGAUGCGUCACCCUGACAGAGUAAAAAGAAAGCACGUCCAGAAGAAGAAAUCUGUCAAGAUCUGUUUCUCUAAGCCCGAUGAGGAGAAAACUGGAGUGGACGGGGAUGCUGUGGAGAGGCCUGUGCAGACAGAGUCUGAGUCCGUGAAUGAGAGGGUCUGCUCCCCACAGACUCAGCAUUUUGAGGAUGUGGUGUGCCAGCUGGCACAGCUCUGCCUGGUGCAUGUCAAUGAGAAAAAGUCUGAAAAACAUCUUGUCUUCCUCUCCCUUCUUCUGCGCUCUUUCCAUACGCCCAGAGUCUUCAGUACAUUGGUUGAACUUGAUAAAAUAAAGGACGUCGCUCAGCAUGAAGAAGGUAACAUUAAAAACCCGGCAAUGCAGUUCCUGUUGGAGCAGGUGGUGGUGUGGCUGGCUGAGCAGGGACGCACAGACACCGAGCACCUGGUGGAGAUGGUCUUCAGCUCCCUGUACUGCUGCAGCUCCCAGGAGACCACACGCAUCCUCAACCACAUCACUAUGAUGGAUUUACAGUGGAGAAUAAUCCUCCAAAUUAUACAGAGGGCAUGUGUAGACCCGGAGACUCUUAAGAGCUGCAGAGAUUGGCUGAAAGGUUCAGUUCUGGGUGAGCGCCUCCUGGGAUUGACUGAGGAGCUCUGCAAGGUGGGAAGCAGCUCUUCGAGUUCUUCCUUUGGUACAAGCAGCCACAGUUGGACGCUUAUCAGCCUUGUGCUUUCUCAACACCACAACAAUGAAGCACUCAUAGGUGAGGUGUACAUGGAGCAGAUUUUAGAGAAGCUCCACGCCACUCUGUCUGAGGCCAAGAGUCUGUCGGAUGCAGGCAACAUGGAGCCGCUCAUCUCCUUCAUCUGUGACGUGGCCGCCACCUUCUUCUCCUCUGUACAAGACUGUCUUCUGCUAAGCUCUGCAGAGGAACUCCUAUUCACAGUCUUUCAAUUCACAGCCAAAGAUCAAACCCACUCUCACUUGUCUGAUUCACUUUUAGGCAAGCUGAGGAAAGUGUGUGUAGCUGGGGUCCAGUCACUGACCCAACAACCUGAUUAUGAGUUCAAAGAAGGCGGUUUCCUGCAGAGUGCAGCCAUUUGGGUGACAGGACAACUACUCAUUGUUUCAAGCAUCAAAAGUUUCCAGGUUCUGGUCCAAGCUGUACAGAGCUUAGUGGAGACGAUGAUCUCUGUCUGCAAUCAAGACUCUCCCCUUGUUGCCCAGUUCUUUACUGCACUGAUGCCAAGCCACACAGAAUGGACAAGAAUGAGACGAGCAUUACCUCCUCAAUGGAUGAAGACUCCCUUACUGUCUGGUCGGUACAGAGGAGUUCUGGAGAAACUCUCCAUGGAUAUGUGGAAGUCUAAGUUACCAACCAAGCUACCAGCCCACCUGUGUGUGUGUGCUCUGCUGGGGAGAGUCGCUCGGACAGUGGCGUUUAUGCCUGGAGACCAAAAAGAGGCAGAACGCUCUUUACAUCUGCCAAACCUUAAAUACGCAGUUUCUGAGCUAUUGUAUGCACUGCAGUGGUGUAAGGAGGUAGAGUACAGCCCUGCCUUAGUGUCCUCUUACCACAACAUGCUGACUGACUGGGGGCUGUCAGAGGGGCUGCACAGCCUGGUUCCAACAAAGGAGCUCCUGGAGACUCUUUACUUAAGGUCUGUGGAGGAUGGCGGUCUUUGGUCUUUGACCCUAGAAAACUACAUCCACACCAACAGCUUGGAAGCGGAUCACAGUUCCACCUUGAGGAAGCUUUAUGGCAGUGCCAACAGUUUGUUCCCAGCGUCUCAGAGCAAACUGAGCACUCUCCAGGUGCUCUGCCCCACCAUGACCAAGGAAGACAGGGAGGCUCUCCUCGCCCUGGCUACAGCUGGAAUAAUCAACUGGCAGGAGAACGAUGAUGUAUAUGGGUGUGUAGCAGUGCUGAUGUGCUGCCUGAACGCUAACUCGCAUGUAGAGGAGGAGGUUGUGCUGGCGAUCCUCGCCACUCUGAUGGAAUGGAGGAACAGCAAGGAGGACUGGUUCCUCUUUGGCAGUGAUCUGUCUAAAGUGACUGCAGAGCAGUUAAACCUCACAGUGGAGAUGAUGCGUUUCCUGUCCUGGCUGGUGUCUCAUUGUCCUACAGUCCUCGGGGGCAGCCAUUGGGACUUCUUGCUCUGCGCUAUGUUAGCCUGGUUGGAGGCUUCAAGUGAAAAUGUGAGCAGUCUCUGGAACCCAUGGGUGCAGCUGUUUGUGUGUGAGAACGCUGCACUGAUAGUGACGCUGAACCACUUCUUCACAUCAUCACCACCAGAGGUUCUGGAGCAGCUGCCGGCUGAACUGGCUGGUGAAUGGAGAGAUUUCUUUGUAGAAGGAAUCUACAACCUGCUGCUACCUCUGCCUAUCAGUAUCACAGAUACUUUCAGUGAACCAGACGACCCUGUGUUUCCUUUGGCUGUGCUGCAGUCAGCUGGUAAAACUCUGACAUUUGUACCUGUGCAGCAGUUAGUGCAGAACUCACUGCCACCAAAGUUCAUAGCAGAUCAGAAGACAAACCUGCCAGAGCCACUUCAGACACUCCUCAACACCUUCUGUCCUCUUCUGCUGUUUAAAGCCAGGCCUCUGCAGAUCACUGUGUACCACCUGUUAGAAAAGGUGAUGCCUCAGCUGCCUGAGUGUGAUGGAGAAGGCGACACUAACAAGUCUGAUGAUGACAGAGAUGAGCCGUGUCUCUCUCCUCCGGCGUCUCUGAUGGCCAUCCUGUCGACCUGUGAGGAGCUGUGUGAUAACAUCCUGGCUGGGGUUCAAGUGGGAGAGUUUGCAGUGGUUCAGCCGCUCAGUGUUGAGUAUUCCUGCAUCCUCGGAUACUUACUGGCCUGGAAGCUUCUCCUCACUUUUUUCAAAUCCUCGCCCUCUCAUCUGCGUGCCCAUUAUGCCCAGUAUCUCAAGAGGAGCUGCUCCCUUAACAAGCUCCUCCUCCACCUCUUCAAAUUGAUGCCUGAGAACCCCAACUACCCGGGCCAGGGUGCAGAGACCAAAGAGUCAAGAACCUUCUUUACAGAGAGCCUGUCUCUCACCGUAGACCAGAGCAAGAGCGUUGAGUGGGAGCUCCCACACCUGGCCUGCAGCGUGUACUACAGCACGGUGCAGGACCUGCCCGCCAUGGUGCGCCUGUGGUGGAACAGCCAGGAGAAGAGAGUGAGCGCUGCUGUGGAGAAGUUCACAACUAAAUAUGUCAGUCCAGUUCUAUCAGGGCAGGAGAUUUCAUCUGUCCACGGCAGCACUCAGAUGUUUGAAAAUAUGACAGUGAAAGCCCGCUCAGCAGCGCGGGAGGUAAUUGCUACCUACUCUGUGGACGAUAUCUUCAUCGAGUUGGUGAUUCAGCUGCCACAGAACCACCCUCUGGGCUCCAUCACUGUUGAGAGUGGGCGGCGUGUUGGCGUUGCCGUUCAGCAGUGGAGGAACUGGAUGUUGCAGCUGAGCACUUACCUCACACAUCAGAACGGCACUAUAAUGGAGGGUCUGGCUCUGUGGAAGAAUAACGUGGAUAAGCGCUUCGAGGGAAUAGAGGAUUGUAUGAUCUGCUUCUCUGUUAUCCACGGCUCCAACUACUCUCUGCCCAAAAAAGCGUGCCGCACCUGCAAAAAGAAAUUCCACUCAGCUUGUCUGUACAAGUGGUUCACCUCCAGCAACAAGUCGACCUGUCCACUGUGCAGAGAAACCUUCUUCUAACAGACUGCAGUGAAGCUGCGGCAAAUGCAUGCACAAGCUCACAGAAGAACUCUAAUGAAAAGGACCUUAUGGCAGUUGUGUUUAUGUCAGUUAUCGCUCAAUGACAUGGAAGGCACUGCAAAGAUGUCCAUAUUUAGAAAUAUGAUUUGAAAGCUAGCAAUUUCUUUAAUCCAGUGCUUUAGUGCACUGUAAAUAUGCAGCAUCAGAACCUUCAUUCUGAUGUGUCUCUGUAAUUAUAGUUUGUAUCCUAAUUCUUAAAUGCCUCAUUUUUAUCUUUAAAAAAUGCUUGAAGAUCAAAGACUAAGUGCCAGUUGUGCAAGUCAUAGACUUUGCACCUGUACUGCAGAGUUAAUUUUUAGACAUAUAAAAACAGAUGAUGACAUUAUUGAAUUCCAAAGACAAGUUUCACUUAUAUUUCCUAAUAUUUAGGAGUGUAAAAAGGCUGUAUCUGAUUGAUGGCUUGCCUUGUACCAGUAUAGAGGGUGAAAUCACCUUUGCAAAACAGAAAAGGAAACUUAUUUAGGUUUUUAAUGUUAAAAUGCGUUUGCUCACAAAUACAUUUUUGAUUUGUAACUUCCCCUGGUGCCUGCAUAAUGCUGUAAAUGAUGCUGGAAAGAAAAUAAAAGCUUCUAAAUCAG